UUUCCAUAUACAAUAGUACUAGUUUGGUAAUGAAAUAAAAGCACAUUCAAUUUAAUCCAUUUUUGUUUGUUUGUUUUGGGAAAUACACAACCAAACAAGCCCUUAUCACAAUUCUAUUCUAUAUCUCCUACAAGCCCAAUUCAUACAUAGCUACCUAGCUCUUUCUCCUCGCUCAAUUUCUGUGAUUAUCCAACACUAUUUCUUCGUGAUUACUAAUUAGCAUAGAAAAUGAGCACAUUGGAUGCAACCAGGGCAGAACUUGGCCUUCUUGUUUUGUAUUUGAACAAGGCUGAGGCAAGGGACAAGAUAUGCAGAGCGAUUCAAUAUGGUUCCAAAUUCUUGAGUAAUGGAGAACCUGGUAAAGCGCAGAAUGUUGACAAAACAACCAGCUUAGCACGGAAAGUUUUUCGUCUAUUCAAGUUUGUCAAUGACCUGCAUGCUCUGAUAAGUCCAUCGCCACAAGGCACACCCCUCCCCCUAAUUCUGCUGGGAAAGUCCAAGAAUGCAUUGCUGUCCACUUUCUUGUUUCUUGAUCAAUUUGUGUGGCUUGGUAGAACCGGUGUCAUCGACAAUAAAGAACGUACUGAGCUGGUUGGCCGGAUUUCUCUCUACUGUUGGCUGGGUUCCUCAAUAUGUACCUCCUUGGUUGAGCUCGGGGAGCUUGGAAGACUCUCUGGAUCAAUGAAGAAGAUAGAGAGAGAAAUCAAGAACAGUAAUAAAUAUGAUAAUGAGCAAUACCAGGCCAAGCUAAAAAAAUCAAAUGAGAGGACUCUUUCACUCAUCAAAGCAGGCAUUGAUACAGUGGUAGCAGUCGGACUGCUUCAGUUGGCACCCGAGAAAGUCACUCCCCGUGUCACCGGGGCAUUUGGAUUUGUUUCAUCUCUAAUAUCUUGCUAUCAGUUGCUUCCUCCUGCCUCAGCUAAGUCAAAGACAUCGUGAGCAAUGAAAGAAUAAACUGGCUCCCGUCAUGCUUCUUUGUUGUUAAAUAAUUGUAUGAAUUUGUCAGGAGAUAUUAAUUGGUAUGGUUUUCGUCUUAGUAGAAAACAAGGCCCUGUUUGGACUUGUUGUUUUGGAUUUGGUCCUUCAAACUCUUUCGGUUAUUAUAAAUAUAUAAAUUUAUACUCUGAAGUUAUGCAAUGUCAAAUUAUCACUUUAA